UUUAACAUAAGGCUGAGAUCAGCAGAAUAAAAACAUUACUGUAUAAACUUCUCGCGCGUGUUGUCCGUUCUUCUUUUUUAAAGUGUGAGAUGAGAAUUUCCAAUCAUAUUUAUGUUAAUAAGAUGUUCAGUACGCACUCUCUAGAUACAGUUACUCUGAAUUUGACAUAGUAUGUCAUGAUGUCGACUAAUUCCUACUGCUCUGGUGGUAGUGCAGGAAUGAAAUCGCGGCAAGGUUAUUACAAAAACGUUAGCAAUGUACAAACAAAUUUACGUAAUGGUUCAUUGCCAUUUGCAAAGAGACAAAAAAUGAUGACAACAAGAGAAGGUAUUGAUGAUUCGGACCCAUUCCAAGAUGAAGAUGAUGAUUUUACAUCAGACGAUUUCAUGGCUAUGGAUGAGAUGGCCUCUCAAGCACUGACUCAGAUUGAAAAUUCUAAACAUUCCAAGUUGUCUGUUAACAAAAAGUCCCAAUAUGAAAACCGACAGAAAAACUAUACACGGGAGUAUGCUUCAACAACCCCUCCGCAUCACACAAAGGUUUAUUAUCAUCCUCAUUCUCCUCGUUCGCAUUCAUCCCAUUCCAUUCCGUUUGAAGAAAAACUACGGAAACAGAAUCCCGUACAGACCAACGUCAGCAUUCCAUCUACAAUCCAAGGAGGAAAAUAUUUAUUUGGAAGUAAAUCUUCAACAAAUGUUCAAAAUGCAACUGAUAAUUACCCAUCUUAUUCAUCUGAAAUACCACGGGGGACAACAGCCAGUUUGACACCACCUGCAGACUUGUCAUCGAAAGAUGCUGGUAUGUCUGAAGUGUCUGUGGUGGAAAACCAUAGCACAAGUCAUUUACAAGACUUUCUAAAUGUUUCCAAAGAGGAACUUGAGAAAACUAAAAGUGAGUUGAAAACUUUACAGAAUGAAAGAUUUGUCAAGGAUGGUGAAAUAAAGGUCCUGCGUGAAAAUCUGAACAAGCUAAACGCAGAACUUAAUAAAAUCCGUCUUGAGAAGAUUCAAAAGGAACAGGAAGCUAAAACAGAAAAAAGUGAAAGAGAAAAAGAACUUCAGAAACAGUUGGAAAAACUGAAGACAGAGAUCCACUUCAAAGAUAGAGAGCUUUUAGAAGCACAAAGUUUUAAAUGUAAAUCCAUAGAGCAACGACAGCAGAGAGUUGAUGGGGUGACGAUGUCCCCGGUUUGUAACCCAACGACACCACCGAGACGAAGUCCCAAGGGAUUGAAAGGUAAAUCACCCAGUACACCUACAACCUUCCCGACUCGCCGAUCAUUCAUGGCUCAAGAUGGAGAUACGCCUGUCAGAAAAGCUGCAAAAAUAGAUACAAAUACUACAGUUGAAGAAAACAAAAAUAAAACCAAGGGCCCAUCACUGCCUAAAACAAUAAGCCUUGUAUGCCCAUCCAAGAAAUUCAGUGGUAACUACAGUGGUCCCAGACUUCUCAGAGCUGUUCUAGAAAAGCCCACAUCCUUAUCGUAUUCAGAAAACUGCUACUUAAAUAAUGGAUUGAUAACAUUAUUGAAUCCUGGCAACUCCCGAGACCAAUAUUCAAUCGCCAAAGAGGGUGGUGCUAGUGCUUGGUCCGAGAGGAGGAUCAAUUCCAAGAUGGAAAAAAAUGUAAAUAGAGGUGAAAUGUCAAAGCCAUUUUAUUCCGAAAACGUGGACUUAGUAUUAAGAACAGUCUUAGAACUCUUAAACAGUACUACUGAAGGACCAGUCGAUGUUUUUAAUCCACCAAAGACUGAUGAUCAGCUAAGCUUCAGCACUGCCAUCCAACUAUUGCCAGCUCUUGAACAUCAUUUGACACUGUAUAUUGAGCAUCUGGACAAACUACUUCUUCAGGAUAGCAACAUCCUGCCAUCUUCCAGCAUCCUGACAUCCUCAAGUAGUACUGGAACCAGAUCACUAGAUAGAUUUUUUGGUCAGAACUCUGCAUUUGGCUGCACUGAGGAGAAUGUACUAAGUUCACUAACAGUAUUACAGAGGCUGGCUGGGUGUUGUGUAGAUGUAACCAAUGGGAUCUUAGCACCGCAAGACAUGGAGGGUGUUCCCUCUUCAGCUACUACUACUGCCACUGACAUGGAUGUGUCAGCACCUCUUAUAGAUACUAUGUCUGGUACAUGCAAAUCUACAGUCUCCGUCCGCAAUGCUCCCGCUGUAAUGAACUCUGGGAUGAUGCUGAGGAAGCUGUUUAGACUGUUGGUUGUACAGCAGAAACACUGCCAGCAGAAUCCUGUAAUGGAAGAAGCUUUGAAAGUCUUGAUCGUACUCUCAAGGAAAUGCGAAAAAUCUUUGUUGUCCAGAUUUAAGCCUCUGCUGGUUGAAGAAUGUUUACAAAACUUGCUGGAUUUGGAGACUACCAAUACUGAGCUAGUCCGUCUGGUGCUUGAUUUACUUACGAAUUUAGCUGCAAACUUUGAACUUGCCAAAAUGUUCUGCAAUCAGAAAGAUUCAUGUCUGCUGUUGAAAUUGUACGAAUGUGCUGUGCUUGGUAUCAGCAACUUUUCCGCCACUCAAACUACAUGGAUGAGGUCAAAGAUUUUUGUAUUUUUAUCAAGCCUGGUGUUUGUUCAUCCUGGUGGUAUGAGGUUGGUCGUAGAGGCUGAUUGUAAUUGUAGCUCACAGCUGAUCAGGUCGGUCAUCUUGACCAUUGAUAAGGAGUAUCGUGAAUUGAUAUCAACUCAGGAAAACUAUGACCAAAGACUUGUGUUUCUUCGGCGUGGUGUAAUGGUUCUGCACACGUUAUCCUUUAACGAUAAUUUAUUCCACGAGCACCGUGUUGAUGUGGAGCAGUAUUAUGUACAUCUUGUGAGCGGUUUGUUGAAACUGUUGAAGCAAUCGGAAGGGAUCCCUGAGCAAGAAGUAUGUGCUCUUGAAGAUCUGUGGGAUUUUGACCAAUCAGAUGACAACGACUGGGACAAUGAAGGGGAUUAUGAAGCCCAGACAGAUAUGGAAUUGGGUUGAUAAGGAUAAAGAAUACAUGUUGCCUAAUCCCUAUUCACACAGGACAAAUGUUGCAUAUGCAGGAUGCAUGCUUGCAAGGAGGAAUUUAGCAAGCGUCCCCUUGUACAUCGCAUCCGUGUGAUUUUAUAUCUGUGUUAUUAGAGUCCUGUGUAACAUCCAUGUAAGGAAAACAGACAUCGCAAACGCCUGUUAUAUUUGCUUAUAAUAUUUAGCAUAGAUCUGUACGUAUGUUCAAGGGGUGUGGCUACCUUUUACUCCAUUGCAUUACAUGUAUCUUCAGUAUCGGCAAGAUUUUAAGUUAUUUGCGUGAAAGCGACAGCGAUAUUUGGUGGGAACGCUCGUGUAACAUUUUGUAUUGUGUUAAUUUGGUAUUAGAUGUAGUUUUAAGGAUUUAUUAUUUUCAAAGAUAUAUAAUUAUAUAAAAAAUAUAGCAAGUGAGGAAACCUUGCCUCAAAUAAUCUUAUCAGUAUUUGUACUUUUUUAUGUGUUAUUUUUUAUAAGGUUAUUUAAGAUAUAUACAGUAUACUGAUGGUUUUACUGUCCAUUAGAAUGAAUUUCUGUGGAUUACAUGGUACUGUGUAUAUCCUAAUUUUGAUGUCAAAUGUUUCCCAUUUACAGGGAUAAGAUUCACCUACAUAAUCAGCUUCAGGAAUAAGUAUUUUAUUUUUUUUAAUAUCAUACAUAUAAAACAAAAUAAUGAAAUUUCUAUUCUUGAUACAGAAGUUAGAUAAAAAAAAACCAGAU